AUGGACAUUGGUCAUGGAACACUCAUCGCCAUGUGGGUUACCUUUGGUGUUGCAAGUACUUUAUUCUGGGCUCGCCUGUUGGUCCAAAUAAACAUUGUGAAGCGGCUUGGAAGAGACGAUUACUUGAUGCUGGCGGCUUGGAUAGCGAUCAAUAGUUUCACCAAUCUGUCGGGGACAAUCUUGGCUGUGGAUCUCACAUAUCCUCUUCAUCUGGAACCUGCAACGAAAAUUAUGUUCAUGUUGACGGCAUGUUUGAGUAUCUUGUGA